GACUUCGGACUUGGGGAGGCACUCGCGUGGCAACUAUCGUCCAGGGCGCACGGCACACACGCAGAGCUGCCAGGAGGAGACAGCCAUAGCUUCUGGGGGCCCACCAUCCAUACCCCCGAUCCAAGUCCGGACCCACAGACGACCCGCUGAUCCAUCCAUCCGCCUCAUAUAAUUUCCGGCGCUUUGAUUGGGGCACGCACGCACAUGGUGGAGGAGAUUGGCUGCCAGAGACAGACGGGCAUUGUGGUCGCCAUGCCCAGCCAGGUGGCAACGAGCACCGGAACUCCAGCCCCAUCCGCAGGCGGCAUUCACCAGCAGCAGCAGCAGCAACACCAGCAACAGCAACACCAGCAGCAGCAACAUCAGCAGCCACAGCAACAUCAGCAGCAACAGCAACACCAUCAGCAGCAGCAACUCCACCAGCAGCAGCAACAGCAACACCAUCAGCAGCAGCAGCAACACCAUCAGCACCAGCAGCAGCAACACCAGCAGCACCAACAACUCACCAGCAACAUGAGCCUGCUGACCGUGAAGGGCGGUCGCUACCUUUGGACCGAUCGGGAGCUAUUGAUGCACCUCCAGAACUACACUCCAUUGAUCCUUCUCAUCGAUUUCGUGGAGAAGACACGCACCAAGCGAUUUUACGAAAGCUCCGAGCGCUACGAGAUCCUCAUGCUGGUCUUCAUUAUGCGCAAGGGAGCGCCAUUCUGUGAGAACAAGCGCUUUCCGGCGGAAUACUGGGUUAAUCUGUCGGUGGGACCAAUUGCCGAGGCUUUCGACCGACUGCAGGCGGCCAUUGAUAUACCGGAUCCCCAGCUACCGAUCCACAUGAGCGUCACGGAUUUGACCAGCUGGAAGCAGAUGUUUGAUUUGGCCAUGCUGGAUAUCAGGCGAUUUGCGUACUACACCGAUCCCUUGCAGCUGGCCGAUGCGGGUGUCUUUAAUCGGAUCACCUUUGAGCAGCGAUUCGGAAUGCAGUGGCAGGAGUAGUUUUAAUCGAUACAGGUAACAGGUUAUAUGUAUGUCACGGAAAACAGGAUAUAAACACAGCCCCAGCACCAUACACACUUCCCCACAUUUGGAUGGAUCGCGAGGAAUAACUGGUGGUUAUACUGAGAACUAACCUUAGAUCAUUUAACAUGCCUGAUUUAUUAACAAAUAUGUUUUAUGUUUAAUAGUAAUCGUGUCAAAGUACAACAUUCUUUGGAGGAAAUAUUAAAAACAGGCCUUUUUUUUUAUCUUGCUUUAAGUUUACACCUUUAAAUGGUCUAAAAAGUAACAGGUCAUGCAAAUAAUCAAUCUGUUUAAAGAUAUUCGAGUAUAAAUACGUUUUUCUUUUCGAAAAUCAAAGUUCAUUCAUUAUAUUAUAAGUAAUGCCAAGGAAUUUAAACUAAACCUUUUCUGAAAGCAUUUAAUUAAAGAUGGCAUAAACUGCUCAAAAUAAUUCCCCAAAAAAAUGAAUUUUAAACCGAAACAACCGAUCCAUCCAAUCCCACAUAGACAGAGUUAUUUGUUGCGUUACAAACCCUGCAUAGCGGAAUCUACUGUGCCUUCUCCACCACUCCUGGUCUUCCCUUUCCUCCACCACAGUUCCACUCGUAUUCCUCGCAACUCCUUCAACUUCAACAUCAUCUAUCCUCAGACUCCUCAAAUGUAUCUGUAAUACAAUCGCUGUACUGUCGACGUAGGACCCAAAAUGCUUUAAUGGAAAUAAACGUUAGUUACUGUUCAA